GAUAAUGCAACUAAUCUCCAAAUUACUUAACAACUCCAUCUUAUCCUGCAAUUUAUAUAAGCACACACCAUCUGCAGUUGCAAUAUAUACCGGCCAUUCAGAGAAUACUAGUCGUCUAGCUUAGGAAAAUCGCAUCAACAGACUGAAUCAACGACUUAAUAAUACUUCUUUCAUGGCUCGCGCUCUACUACUCAUGCAAAAGAAGUUCGCUAGCCUAUCUCAAAUAGGCUUUGCUACAGGAACAUUGUUCCUUUGUGCACUGGCGCUCUUCAUGUGUGCCAGCCAUUCAAGGAAAUGGAAGCGCAAGUGGAGAGCAUGUUAUGGCUAUGGUGAUCAGCAUGACCCUGUUAUUCAACUAAACCCUGAAGUGAUUGAUCAGAACUACCAAUUUGGAGGUGCUGAUCCAAGCACAUGUAGUGGUGAAGUCUCAAUAUGGAAGAAGAAUAUAAUCAUGGGUGGAAAAUGCCAGCUUCCUGAAUUUUCUGGUGUUAUAAUUUAUGAUACUGCUGGGAAUUUAGUUAAUCCUAAAACUCCACGCCCUCUUGCUCUUCCAUGGAAAGAAUAGUAUUAUUUGAGGUCGCCUUCAAAAGUUAUCGCAGUUUGGAUUUUCAAAAAUUUCACAUCAUAUCUAUGUAAUGAUAGUUUAUUUACUUUUCGUCUUUCUUUUUAUUAUUCUUUAUCUAUUGAUUUACCUCUCGUCUUUCUUUUUAUCA